ACGUAGUACUCUCUGGUAAGAACUAAGAUGAGUCCCAGCUCCAUAGGCCAGAGGCUCCUAGGUAAGGUAGCAGUGAUAACUGGAGGUGCAAGUGGCAUAGGCGAGAGCACUGCCAGGCUUUUUGUUAAACAUGGAGCAAAGGUGCUGGUUGCGGACAUUCAAGAUGAAUUAGGUCAUUCAGUUUGCAAGGAGCUUGGGACCCAUGAAACCAUCACUUAUGCCCAUUGUGAUGUCGCAUCUGAAUUUGAUGUCCAAAACACAGUUGAUUUGGCCGUCUCUAAGUUUGGAAAACUUGAUGUCAUGUUCAAUAAUGCUGCCAUUCCAGGUAAACUAGAAAUCAAAGCUGUAGAUUGUGAUAUUGAGAACUUCAAGAAGGUAUUUGAUGUCAAUGUGUGUGGUGCUUUCUUGGGUGCCAAGCAUGCUGCUAGGGUAAUGAUUCCAGCCAAGAAAGGUUGCAUUCUCUUCACUUCAAGUCUUGCUUCUAUGAUAUGUGCCAACACCCCUCAUGCCUACACAACAUCUAAGCAUGCUAUUGCGGGGUUGACUAGGAACUUGAGCGUUGAGUUGGGACAAUAUGGGAUUAGGGUCAAUUGCAUUUCUCCUCAUGUAGUCCCAACUCCAAAUUUUAAAAAGACAACAGGGAUAACUGAUGAAAAGAAGAUAGAUGAGGCAGUUUGUGAAUCCGCAGUUUUGAAAGAGGCAAAAUUAGAAGCGAAAGAUAUUGCAGAAGCAGCCUUGUAUUUAGCAAGUGAUGAGUCCAAGUACGUGAGCGGUGUCAAUUUGGCUGUGGAUGGUGGUUAUAGGCUAACCAAUCCCGCUUUGGCUGUGGCAUUUAAUAACAUGAUUCCUUGGGUAAGUUGUACCCAUUAAAAAAAUAAGUUAUGUGUUCCUUCUAUCCCUAAAUAAAAUUUUAUUUUUUAU